AUGUCAGACUCCAGAGAGAAAAAUGCAAAGGACUGCAUUGAAAUGGGGUUUUUGGUAAAGUACGGUUACCUGGACCAGGACCAUCACACGCACAAUGAGGCGGAAGUCAAGGCGGCUGUCAGGGAUUUUCAGUGGCUCUCCCACCUGCCUGUCACUGGGAGGCUGGACAGUGACACCUUGGACAAGAUGGCGUCACCUCGCUGUGGGGUGAAAGAUGAGGGUGGUCAUGAUGCCUGGGCGCACAGAGUCAAUGCUGUCUUCACUGGAAACCUUGGCAAGGGUGGGCACCACCUUCGAAAGAAACGCUACGCUCAGACAGGGGAGAAAUGGUACAAGCGUCACCUGACCUACCGCGUCAUGAACUGGCCUCGGCACCUUUCCCAGGGUCCCGUGAGGCUGGCGGUGCGCACGGCCUUUGAACUGUGGAGUAACGUGUCGGGUCUGGUGUUUGAGGAGGCCGGCGAGGGUCCGGCUGAUAUCCGGCUGGCCUUCUACGAGGGAGAGCACAACGACGGAAUCGGCAACGCCUUCGACGGCCCAGGCGGUGCUCUGGCACAUGCCUUCUUCCCGUGUCGUGGUGAGGCUCACUUUGACAUGGCAGAGCGGUGGACUCUGAAUGGACAUAAAGGACAUAACCUGUUUCUGGUGACAGCACACGAGAUCGGCCACACGCUGGGACUGGAACAUUCUCCAGUGCGUCACGCCCUCAUGUCACCCUAUUACAAAAAACUGGGCCGCUCUCUACUGCUGAGCUGGGACGAUAUCGCGGCCAUUCAGAAGCUAUAUGGUAAGCCAUCCAGGGGGUCAGUGGUGCAGAUGCCAGGCCAGGCCCUGAGAUGGGCCAUGCAUGACUGGGAGAUGAGUCAGGACUCCACAGAAGGUUCUGGAACUGCCUUGCCUCUCUACUGUCAGGGUCUGUUUGAUGCCAUCACCAUGGACCAAAACCAAACAGUGUUGAUUUUUCGUGGAGGUCUUUUCUGGACUGUGUCAUCUGAAGGGAAUGUGAGCUCAUCCAUCCCUCUCCAGCAGCGUUGGCCUCACCUCCCCUUCGCCAUAGACGCGGCCGCCUUCUCCCCUCUGGACAAAAAGUUAUACUUUUUCAAAGGAAAACGAAUAUGGCGAUACACUGGUACGGAUCUGGACCCUGACUUCCCCAAGAAGACCAGGGAACUAGGCCUGCCCCGACAGCCGGACUGUGCCUUUUUCUACGGCCCCCUGGGUCACAUGAUUGUCUUCAAGGGUUCCCGCUAUUUUGUGCUGAACCUACAGACCCUUCACUCUGAGCCUUAUUACCCUCGACGCUUGGCUGACUGGAAGGGGGUCCCACAGGGAGCCAAUGGGGCCCUGACUCACACAGACGGCAGGCUGUACUUCUUCAGAGAGAGGCGGUACUGGACGUUUGACCCAGGGAAGGUGCGUGUGACUGGGACAGGCCAGUGGGCAGGCAAGCUGCAGUGGACAGGAUGCCAUAAGGUAUCUCCACUGGAGAGUAAUGAUAUACUCUGACCAGCAG